CACUUGAGCUCACACACUCAAACGCGCAAAGUGAACCUGGCUUUUCUGCUGGCUUCUCACUUUCUGCAUAGGACCUAUCCGCAAGGUUAUUCACCAUCGCCAAACCCAUCGCGAUCGCCGAUGACUCGAAAGACCGUGACGCAUUAUCGCUCGUCCCCCUACUUCCCUCGCCGCCGCUUUCGAUUGGCCGUGGACGCUCGAAGGGUGUGGAGGGAUUGCAACUCCACGGUGAUCAAGAACCGAAGCGCGAAGAUGGAAAGCAGAUGGUCCCACGUAGGCCGUCUGCGGACUCCGCGGGACCUGAUAUGCUCACAAUGGGGGAGGAAACGAGCAUCAUGUCACAGCAGCACCCACACAGCGUGCAACCCCCGCCGCAUAUGCGCGACAUGGGAUCGAAGAUCCUCGUUUUCGCCGCUACCGUAUGUUUACAUUCAUCACAUGGCACAUGUCGGCCGUUUACGGGCUAAAAACAACCCCGCUUCCCAGGUCCUCCCCACAAGAACCCUCUGUCCAACCUCCCCAACCCUCCAUCUCAUCCUCCUGGUCGCCUGCAUCGAAUGCAUACUACCACGGACACGGUUGACGGCAGCAGUGUUUACAACCCUCCACGCCCUCCUCACGGCCCUCAUGAUGUAUAUCGGGGCCGUCGAGGGGUGUCUACCGUUCGACAUCGAUACGACUGACGAUGAUGAGAGGGGGUGGGCAGUGUGGCCUGUCGGUGUGGUGAGGGGGCCGCACUCGGUGGCGGUGGUGGUGUGGUUCGCGUGGGUGGUGGGUGUCGGGGGGAGGAUGUGGGGAGUGAACGGCGCGAGGGGGUGAGGUUUUCCGUGUGCCUAUUUUUCGUAAACCUUUUCGUGACCCAUCUUGUUAUGUGUCGGGGGAGGAAGAUGUGCGCCAUGUGUCCUUGCAACGAAUGCAAGGAAUGUGUUACCUUCAAUGGUACUGUAUCUGUAUCUGACCUGACCCAACGCAAAUGCAAUGCGAUCACAUAUGAACACACGGACAUCCACAGUCCCAG